CAGUCACUGUGAACGGUGCUGAUAUCGCUGGCGUUCCAGACAUGCAAGCAUCCGCUAUCGCCGUCUUCUUCUGCGUAGUGCUCUCCAUCCCUGCUCAGGGGGUGGAGGAAAAUGCACUCAAGGAGUUACAAGCAUACCUGCACUUCCUCGGAUUGCGUCAAGGUACUCUACACGUGCGGAGUCUCCCAAGCGUACCGGAGAUCCGAGAACCUCCAAGUGAAUGCAACUGCGGCCGAUUUCGACCGAGUCAUAGGAGGAACGCCCGUUCAAAGUCAAGGAAAGUAUCCCUGGAUGGCGUGGAUGGGGAAGGCUCCGAAUAUGUUCAACUGUGGAGGAUCACUCAUCAACGAUCGAUAUGUCCUCACUGCUUCUCAUUGUGUCGCAUCGGACCCCUCGGCAACAUAUUACGUGACCCUGGGAGACCUGGAUCUAUCGACUUCGACUGAAAGUCAGUCCAUUCAGAUUCCAGCCACCGCCAUAAUGAACCCAGAUUAUAACAACCCGACAUUCGUGAACAACGACGUCGCCCUCCUGAAACUGGAGACUCCGGUGGACUUCGAUGCCUAUCCGAACAUCCGUCCCAUCUGCCUUUCCUCCAGUGCCGUCCCCAAUCCUGGAGAACCCGUCACAGUCGCUGGAUGGGGUAUCACUACGGAGGGGGGUGGCUCCAUCUCGAUGGCGUUGAUGGAAACGACUGUGAACGUGAUUAGCUCAGAGACCUGUCAGACCUGGUUUGGUUCUGCCAUCAACGAUAAUUUCAUCUGUGCUCAGGAAACGGGGAAAAAUAUCUGCCAAGGUGAUUCUGGAGGACCGCUGAUGUACCAGACUCAAGCUGGAUAUUACCUGAACGUCGGCAUCAAUUCUUUUGUGAUCACCGGAUGCUAUACCCAAUACGGAGGUGCCUUCACAAAAACAGCAAAUUACGUUGACAAUUUCAUCAGCCAAAACGCCCAGGAUGCCCAAUGGUGCUCACCACCUUGAUUCCGGCCUUCGUGUACCUUCAUUCAUUCUUUUGUUGUUGAAAGAAAGGAGCAAGGAACUUUAAUUCCAGAAAGGAAAUAAAGAAAGGAACAUUAAUGAAGAAAGAAAAUAGUUUCAGCUCUUUAAAUGCGUUGUUUUUGCCUAAUGCUCUAAGAAAAAGAGCCAAGAAAGAAAGGAAG